GCCCGGCGCUUGGCCGCAGCGGGAGGUCUUCGGAAAGAAAAGGCCGGAACCAGAAGAUAGACUCACAGCGAUGCCCUACCCGGAGCCCGCCCGCCUCACACUCCGGCCAGCCAGCCGCCAGUAGUGCGCACCGCCUCCUCGCCAAGCUCCGCCCUGCAUCCACCCCAGGGGUUAACUCGCAGGCGCGGUCUUGUGGCGGAAGUAGAGUGAGCGGUCCAGCGCUAGAGCAAGCGCGGCACCGCGGCUCCGGAGCCAUGCUGAGGAGCUGCGCCGCGCGCUUCCGCACGCUGGGGGCACUGUGCCGGCCGCCGGUAGGCCGGCGCCUGCCGGGUAGCGAGCCGCGACCCGCGCUGAGGUCAUUUUCUUCUGAGGAAGUCAUUCUUAAGGACUAUUCUGUCCCCAACACCAGCUGGAACAAGGACCUAAGACUGCUCUUUGACCAGUUUAUGAAGAAAUGUGAAGAUGGCUCCUGGAAACGUUUGCCUUCAUAUAAACGUACACCUACUGAAAGGAUUCAAGACUUCAAAACCCGUUUUCUUGACCCAAAGCUUAUGAAAGAAGAACAAAUGUCACAGGCCCAGCUCUUCACCAGAAGCUUUGAUGAUGGCCUAGGCUUUGAAUACGUGAUGUUCUACAAUGACGUUGAGAAAAGGAUGGUUUGCUUAUUUCAAGGAGGCCCUUACCUGGAAGGACCACCUGGAUUCAUUCAUGGAGGUGCCAUUGCAACUAUGAUUGAUGCUACUGUUGGUAUGUGUGCAAUGAUGGCUGGGGGAAUUGUCAUGACUGCCAAUCUCAACAUCAAUUAUAAAAGACCUAUCCCUCUUUGUUCUGUUGUUAUGAUAAAUAGCCAACUUGAUAAAGUUGAAGGAAGGAAAUUUUUUGUUUCCUGUAAUGUUCAGAGUGUUGAUGAGAAGACCCUAUACUCAGAGGCGACAAGCUUAUUUAUAAAGCUGAAUCCUGCUAAAAGUCUGACAUAAAGAGCUGCUGGUGAACUCCAUCUCAUUCUCUCCCCUCCAGAAGAAGCAGUUGUCCCCCAAAUACUCUGCUCCCUCACUGCUGAAUCCAUGUAGGGAGAAGCCUGCCAACAGUGACCUUCCGAAACAGCCUUCUGAAUACAAGGAGGAUUCAGUUUCCAUCUUCUCAACUUUUUAACACAGAAACACUUCCUGCGAGCAUAUCAACAACUCUCAGGCCAGGCGCUGUGGCUCACGCCUACAAUCCCAGCACUUUAGGAGGCCGAGGCAGGCGGAUUGCCUGAGCUCAGGAGUUCAAGAUCAGUCUGGGCAACAUGAUGAAACCCCAUCUCUACUAAAAUACAAAACAUUAGCCAGGCAUGGUGGCGUGCACCUGUAGUCCCAGCUACUCAGGAGGCUGAGGCAGGAGAAUUGCUUGAACCCAGGAGGCAGAGGUUGCAGUGAGCCAAGAUCAUGCCACAUCACUCCAGCCUGGGCAACAGAACAAGAACCCAUCUAAAAAAAAACAAAAAACAAAAAACUCUGUCUCCUUAGGAUAUGUUACCUGCUCCACUGCGGACUAGAGAAAUAAAUGUGUAUUGAAACUUUUACUGCAAACUUGAAAAUGCUAGAAAACCAGGCAUGAAGAAUAAAUACAUGGCGGGGAACACACAGGCAUGUGCAUAUGCAUAUACAUUGUAAGUUAGUAAGUUAGAAAGCUGGCUUUGUUGUAUCUGAACAUAUGAAUCUUUUUUGGUCAGUGUAGGAAGCACAGCCAUAUCCUAUAGGAAUGAAUACCUCAAAUCUGUUGUCUGAGAGUCUAGAGAUUAAACCACCGUGCCAUUUUUAACCCAGGCUGUACUAUUGUUUCUUACCAACAGCAUAGGUUUUCAUCACUGGAAGGAGCCUGUAUUCAUUUCCUAGGGCUGUUGUAGCAAAGUAGUACAAACUGGAUUGUUUAAACCAACAAAAACUCAUUGUCUCUCAGUUCUGGAGGCCAGAAGUUCAAAAUCAAGGUGUUGACCAAGGCCACUCUCCUGAAGGUGCUAGGGAAGGAGCUGUCCGUGCCUCCCUCCUGGCUUCUGGGAGCCUCAGGUGUUCCUUGGCUUCUAGAUGCAUCAUUCCAGUCCUCCAUCUUCACAUGGCAUUCCCUCUGUGUGUCUCCACAGUGUCUUCCCUCUGUGCAGAUCUAUCUCUGUGUCCAAAUCUCCUCUUUUUAUAAGGAAACCAGUCAUAAUGGGCCCACCUGAAUGACUUCAUUUUAACUUGUUUACCUCUGUAAAAAAUGUAUUUCCAAAUAAAGUGACGUUAUGAGGUAUUGGAGAUUA